AUGUCUGUUCCAGACGAUCCCUUGAACUUUAUACCUGCAGAUCUCUUUUUCCCCACUGUUCCAAACUUCCAAAAUCCUACGGAAGUAGUGGCAGUUGAAUCAUCAGAGUCGAUCAAACCCAGCGAUCCCUUACGCUAUGCGGCUCAUAUCACUCUUGGAGGUGUUAAUGGCGAUUCUCAGACACAAUGUUUGGUUCAAUUCGUUACGCCCUUGAUCUGGAGAAUCAGAUACGACCCAAAGUACACCAGUCUCUCUGACUUUGAAGACACUAACACGCGCACGAUUGUCAGAGAUACAUUUUCCGGCCUGGUGGAUGGUCUGCAGCAGGAAUACAGAGAUUCCGAUGCCAGGAAUGCGUACCCUGCCGGAGAUGAAUGGUUCUGGCGGACGUCUUUUAAGCAGUUAUCGACUGAUCACUGGGUUCUGACUUCCAACGAGUACCAGAGCAAAAACGGUACUGCUACUCCCAAGACCAGCCUGCACAUCUUUAAAUCCCCAUUUCGCAUCGUGGCAACUAGAAAGCUCAAGACCUUAGAGGCAGACACAAGUCUCUUGCAGUCCGUAGGCGUCGACACAACUUCAGAACUUGAACAAAUCAUCUGGCAGACUACCGAUCAGACUUUCUCUUACCAAAAGAAUUCAGAUAUUGAUGCGAUCAACAAUGUCGUUCUCAACGUCAAGAAGCCUGGCCCUGCUGAGUAUCUCGGAUUUGGCGAACAAGGUGGCAAAACUGUCUUGAAGAAGCCCACUUAUCUGAACUAUUUCUGCUAUGACAACUUCAAUUACUUGAAGGUCUACGGCCAGGGUGCACUUGACGGCAGAGAACCACUUUAUCAAUCGUCUCCGUUUUACUUGGAAAUGAACGGAACUCCAACAUACCAAAACGUUACAGGCGUGAUGAUAGACAACUAUUCUCAGGUUGCGAUCGAUCUUGGCAAGAAUGAUUCUAAUAUCAUAAGCAUCGCCACUCGUUUCAACACGUUUGACGCAUACAUCCUGACGGCUGAUGACGUGCCAGCUAUGAUUUGGCAAUAUACUUCCAUUGUAGGACGACCCAAGCUCAAGCCCCGAUACAUUUUAGGUCACCAUCAGGGAUGCUAUGGCUAUGCCAAUGAGGGCACGGUUUACAAUGUUGUUAAUGCCUAUCGUGGGUCGGGAAUUCCUCUUGAUGGAAUACACCUCGACGUGGACUUUCAGGAACGCUAUCGCACGUUUACAAGCAGCACAGUCAACUUCCCUGAUUCUAAAAGAUUUUUUGGGAAUCUCAAAAAACAAGGGAUCAAGGCCUGUACCAACAUCACGCCUAUCUUGACUCUCCGAACAGUCGAUGAGGGUGCAUACAAGGCCUUGGAUGCCUUUUGGGAUCAAAAGGAUCCUAAGAACCCCAAGACUAAAUAUGAUGGUCCAAACAGCAACGGACCACUUGCGAAAGGCGUCAAUCCAACGUCUUAUGGCAACGACUAUUAUGGACAGCCCCAACGGCUCACUUUUGCUGACUACCCCGGUGGCCCAACAUACUUGGACUCGUAUGACUUUCAUGCAAAUUACAACAGCGGAUAUCCUUUCCAUGGUGGUGUCAGCUAUGGCCAAACACUGGGAACUCCUGGAUACUACCCUGACUUGAACCGAGCUGAUGCCAGAGAAGUAUGGGGUAAGCAGUACCAGGAUCUCUUCGACGAUGGCCUCGAGUUUGUAUGGCAAGAUAUGACUACUCCUGCGGUCGGAAGGUCGUACGGUGACAUGCUGGGUUUCCCAUCUCGAUUGCAAAUGACAGACGACAGCCCUAUUUCCGCACCAAAAACCAAAACAGCAAUCGAACUCUGGUCCCUUUAUUCGUACAAUCUACACAAAGCAACAUACCACGGCUUAAGCAAUCUCAAAGGACGAGAAAACAAGCGCAACUUUAUUAUUGGGCGAGGUAGUCAAACGGGAAUGCAUCGAUUUGCAGGCUUAUGGACCGGUGAUAAUGGCAGCUCUUGGGACUUUUGGAAAAUCUCAGUUGCUCAAGUCCUUGCACUCGGUUACAGUGGACUCACGAUUGCGGGUGUUGAUAUGGGUGGUUUUACUUCUGACCCAACUUCUAACGCAUCAUAUCCUCGUUGGUGCAAUCCCGAGUUGUUUAUCCGAUGGUACUCUGGAGCCUUUCUCUUGCCGUGGUAUCGGAAUCAUUACAUGCAGCAUUGGGAUCAGCAGUCAAACCCGCCGGCUAAAGUGUUCCAGGAACCGUGGGCUUUCAGUGACGUAUUGUCCAAUCAAUACGCCCACCUGAUUCCUCAGGAUCAACGCGUUUUGUACGAGGCAGUUGUGCCUAUCUGUCGGUACUACGUUCAGCUUCGAUAUUCGCUUAUUCAAGUUUUGUAUGAUUGCAUGUUUGCCAACAUGAUCAAUGGCUUGCCGAUCGCCCGUGCAAUGCUCAUCACUGACCCGCUCGAUACGAGUCUGUUCAACACCAACGAGAGCUUUAUCGACACGCAGUAUCUGCUUGGUCACAAUAUUCUCGUUUGCCCCAUCGUAGACCCCCAAGUCUAUAACAGGGAUGUCUAUCUUCCAGGAACAGAUCUGUGGUAUCCCUCGAAUCUUCGAGUUGACAAUCAGAACUUCGGCCCAGACCCUAUUCUCAAGCAUGCUGCAGAUCUGGAACAGCCAGUUAAAGGCGGUAGGAUCAUAAGUUACGGGUGCAGCCUUCCUGCGGCUUUCAAUCGUCCCGAUCAAGUGCCUUUUAUCACCCCAGUCUAUAUUCGCGGCGCAGGUGCUAUCAUUCCCCAACUUGAUGUUCGUCAGUUCAUAGGAGAGAAUGACCUGAACCCACCAACCAUACACUUUUACCCUGGUGGCAAGAAAUCCUACUCCAUGUAUCUGGAUGACGGGGUCAGCAAGGACAGCGCACCCAACAACUUGCCUCAGUACAAGUACCAGGACCCUGCCAAGUCGAAGAAACCCAAGGGCUUCUACAGGGAAGUCAAGAUGACUCAGGAGAGCACCAGCACCGCUCGAACUUUGACAAUCCGCCAUCCGUGGAAUGGGUUCGAUGCAAAGUCAACCGUCGGCGAUAUAUACAACCUAGCUGUGUGGACUGUGAAGACGGGAGGUGCGGCACCCCAGGUCCAAGUCUCAUUUCAGGAUGAGAACGGCAAGACUGUCGACGAUGCUCGUCUGUCGCACAACUACGAUGGUAAUCGCGGCGUGUUGACCGUCAAUGUGCCUGUGGAUCUUGUGCCAUCUCUUGAUCACCCUGCCACCACUAAUGGUACCUUGACAAAUGGCUCGACUAAUGGAGCCUCAGUCAAUGGCCAUAGCAAGGAUAGACAUAUCGCUGUGAAGAUCACUGGUCUUACUUGA